AUGUCGGCCGUCCGCGGAAAAUGCCACUGUGGUGCAGUUGAAUACGCAGUCAAGGUUGAGGACAAGUCUCACAUCCUCUGCCACUGCGAUGCCUGCAAAGACAUCAACGGCAGCGACUACACCCUCAACCAGAUCGUGCCCAAGGCCAACCUCGAGAUCAAGAAGGGCCCUCUGACCAAGUACACCUACACCGGUGAUUCAGGCAACCCUGUCCACUGCUUCUUCUGCCCCACCUGCUCCACCCACAUAUACCAUCAUCAAACUGUCAUGGGCGACGACAAGUACGUUGUCCGCACGGCGACGCUCGAGGGCAGCAGGGAGUGGCCGGCAGCUGUCGAGAUCUACUGCAAGGACAAGGCCAAGUGGCAGCCAGAGGUCGCCGGCAAGGCCUUCCAGGCCGGGCCAGAGUAG